AACCUUUGUUUACAAUCAAAUAUUGUGGUGGAUCCCAAAAAAUCUGCGACGAAAUUUUCUUACCUUAAAAAAAUGUGAAUGAAUCCCCCUUUUGCCAUGUCGCUUCCGAUCAAGUACAGUGCCAUCAAGCAAGUGAUUGCUCCGAAAAAUGAGCUAAAUCGAUGGCUGUGCGGAUUCGUGGCCGCACUUGUGCUGCUUGUAUUAUGGUUCGGUGGGGGCUCUGUCAGCGAAUCCGGAACGGAACGAUUCUCGCUGGACCUGGUGGACAUUCCGCAAGUGGUGAUUGACAAAGAUGCCGAACUGGCCAGGGCCCGCAAUAGGAACUGUUCCUACUGGGAUUGUUUCAACGUGUAUCGAUGUGGACAGAGGGCUUCCUUCGGGCACCAUGGGGCAGGAUCCGGGCUUUGGAUGGAAGAACAGCAGGAACGUAUGUCGGUGUACGUGUACCCGCUGAAGGAGUUCGUUGACGGGGACAACGGAAAGCAAGCCUUCCAGCUUACUAAGGAAUUUUACGUUAUUCUCAAGACGAUCGUCAAUAGUCCAUAUUAUACGGCUAACCCGAAUGAGGCCUGCCUUUUCGUUCCCACUUUGGACACACUCAAUCAAAACAGGAUCGAUGUAAAUUUAGUUGGGAAAGCUUUGGCUUCAUUGCCUUAUUGGGAGAACGGGGAGAACCAUUUACUGUUUAAUUUCAUUGCCGGAGUCAACCCGGAUUACAACACUGUCAUAGAUGUCAACACUGAUCGGGCCAUGAUUCUGGGAUCUGGAUUCGACAGUUGGACUUAUCGCCCUGGAUUCGAUCUGGUUCUACCAAUGUACAGUGCCAUUUUGGAAUAUUACGAACCGCAGAAACGCGAGCGGAAUUUUUUGUUGGUUUCAUCGCAACUGAAUAUCUUUCAACGUCAAUAUCGAAUUCUGCAGGAGUUGACCUAUGAUCAUCCUAAUGAUAUUCUUCUGCUUCAACGAUGUCCAACCUCGACCGUCAAACCGGAAGAAAGCUCGGAAUCUGUUCGAGUAGUAGAGGAUGUGGACAAUGUUGGAGAAAUGUUGAAGAUCUAUAAAGACAUAAGAUGUAAUUUCCCCCAAGGCAACGAGUACGAAUACCCGAGUGUUUUGGAAAGUAGCCAAUUCUGCUUGAUUGCUCGAGGCGUUCGGUUAUCUCAGCCAACUUUGCUUGAGGCUUUGGCAGCUGGAUGUAUUCCCGUUAUCAUGGCUGACAAUUUGGUAAUGCCUUUUAAUGAAAUACUUGACUGGGAUCUGGCCUCCAUAAGGAUUUACGAAAAUAAUUUGCACUCAGUGAUGGCAGCUUUAAAAUCUGUUUCGCCUCAACGUAUUCAAGAACUACGUGCCCAUGGGGCUUACUUCUAUGACCGUUACUUUUCUAGUUUGGAAAAAAUCGUCCUAACAGCAUUGGAUGAGUUGAAUGAUCGAAUUUUCCCUCAUUUGAGUAAAACAUAUCAACACUGGAACGUUCGUAAAACGAAGCAUUCUACACAAAGUCCACUAUUUCUACCACUUUUAGCUCCCAAGGCGCAAGGAUUCACUGCCGUUAUUCUCACUUAUGAUCGAAUAGAAAGCCUCUUCAUUCUGAUUCAGAAACUGGCGACAGUUCCUUCGCUACAGAAAAUACUAGUCAUCUGGAAUAACCAGAAAAAAUCACCUCCACAUCCGUCCUUGUUCCCUAAGAUCGGAAAACCGUUGAAAGUGAUUCAAACUUCGGCCAACAAGCUAUCUAAUCGAUUCUAUCCCUACGAAGAAAUUGAAACAGAAGCCAUCUUGACCAUUGACGACGACAUUGUAAUGCUAACGUCCGAUGAGUUGGACUUUGGCUACGAAGUGUGGCGUGAGUUCCCGGACCGAAUUGUGGGAUUCCCGUCGCGAACGCACGUUUGGGAUAACGCUACCAAUCGUUGGCGGUACGAAUCCGAAUGGACCAACCACAUUUCGAUGGUUCUGACCGGCGCCGCCUUUCAUCACAAGUAUUUUAGCUAUAUGUACACGAACGCCAUGCCCGGUAAAAUAAAGGAGUGGGUCGAUGAGCACAUGAACUGCGAAGACAUUGCCAUGAACUUCCUGGUGGCAAAUGUCACUAAUAAACCACCGAUCAAGGUGACUCCGCGUAAGAAGUUCAAGUGUCCCGAGUGUACCAACAACGAAAUGCUGUCGGCUGAUUUGAACCACAUGAUGGAACGAUCGGCUUGCAUCAAUCGGUUUGCGGAGAUUUACGGGACGAUGCCGCUGAAAUCUGUUGAAUUCCGUGCUGAUCCGGUGCUAUUCAAGGACAAUUUCCCAGAAAAGUUGAAGCGAUUCAACGAUAUCGGCAGCUUGUAAAUGCGGAGUGCAAUUUACCUAUUUAUAAAAAUAGAAGAUAUCGCAAUAUUUUCUCAACUGAUAUAAAUCAUCUAUUAAUCAAGGGGCAUUUAGGAUGCUAGGUAGAAUGUUAUGAAUUUGCAUGAUUUUAAUGAGGCAACUACUCGAACACACAAACAGUAACCGUUUUAUUAGGAAUGAUGUCAGUCAUUGCAUUUAUUGUAGUUUUUAUGAUGGAUAAGAUAACUAAGCUUUAAGAUUUGUGCAUCUAGUUCAAUCGUAAUUAGUUUUACUUACUAAGAUCCGUAGAAUCCAGUCAUACGAUAUGAUAUAAAAUAAACAUAACGGCUAUCGUC